AUGCCUCCAAAGAGCUCCAAGCCGGCCGACGGCCUCGACUACAAGGCCAUUUCAAAGCAGUUUGCAAAGGCCAGGGCGGCCAGGGAGGCUCGGGAAGCUCGGGACGCCGAGGCCAAAGAAAAGGGCCUGCCGACGGAAAAGGAACAGACGGAGAUUCUAGAGCGGCAGCGCGAGCUGCUCAACACCAAGCGGCAAAAGGCCUACGAGCGGCGGUGGUGGUGGACGGCGGCCUUUUGGACGUGGCUGCUGGCUGUUCACGCUGUUGGAAUCUGGCUGUUUGCGAGCGGUUUCCUGCUGACGAGGCUCGUGCUCGACGACAAGUCCAGCUGUGCGGCGCCCCCGCAGUUUGACCGGGCUGUGGUGAUUCUGAUUGACGCCCUGCGCUACGAUUUCACCGUUCCAGAGGAUCCGGCGGCGGCGCAUGCCUUCCACAACUCGUUUCCCUUCUUGUACGACACGGCUGUCAAAGCGCCCCAGAAUGCGUUCCUGCGGCCCUUCAUUGCGGACCCGCCGACGACGACGCUGCAGCGGCUCAAGGGCUUGACGACGGGGACGCUGCCGACGUUUAUCGAUGCUGGGAGCAACUUUGCCGGAACUGCCAUUGACGAGGACAAUCUGUUGAUGCAGCUGAGGGAGUCGGGCAAGAAGAUUGCGCAUCUCGGGGAUGAUACCUGGUGGUCCUUGUUCCCGGAGUAUUUUGAGCCCAACAUCAGCAAGGCGUACGACAGCUUCAAUGUCUGGGACCUGCACACCGUCGACAAUGGCGUCAUUGACAACAUCUUUCCGCUGCUGGAGUCGUCCAAGGACGGCCAGUGGGAUCUUCUCAUUGGUCACUGCUUGGGCGUGGACCAUGCGGGACAUCGUUAUGGGCCUGACCACUCUGCUAUGACGGCUAAGCUGCAGCAGAUGAACGAGUUUGUGACUAAAGUUGCAGGAUCUAUUGACGAUGAUACGCUUCUGAUUGUUAUGGGUGAUCACGGCAUGGACGGAAAGGGGGACCAUGGUGGAGAGAGUGACGAUGAGGUUGAGGCGGCUCUAUGGAUGUACUCGAAGCGACCUGUUUUCGGGAGAACCUCACCUGAAUAUGCUGUUCCGCCGGCUACUGCCAAGAUUCGCCCUGUUAACCAGAUUGAUCUGGUGCCGACCCUUGCGCUGCUUCUGGGUAUUCCUAUUCCUUACAACAACCUCGGAAAGCCCAUUGAGGAGGCUUUCGCGGGACAAAAGGGCAAUGACUGGGCUAACUUGGAGGCCGUUUCGCGACUUGCAUCUGCUGGAAUCGAGAGGUAUAGGCAGUCAUACUUCAAGGCCCGUGGCAUUAAGCAGACGGUGGAACCGGGCUCUCCCGCUGCUUUGUGGGCGGCGGCCAACGUUGCUGGGCUGGGCCACAAGGACGCUUACAAUUAUCUUACGGAAUUCGAGAACGAGACCCUUCAGGUCUACAAGGGACUGUGGGCUCGAUUCGACGUUCCCAGGAUGGUAGCGGGUGUGUUUGUUACCGCCGUUGGCCUUGUGAUGUUGGUCAUGUACUCGUCAAAGCCUGCAGAUGAGGAGUUUGUCGUGGCUAAUGAUGCUGAGCUCGACUACGCUGAGAGGCGGCUGGAGCUUAUGAAUCUGAAUCACGAAGACCAGGAGGUGCACCCGGACCAGCAUUUCCACCGAAGUCUCUUGGGUGGACUGGCCGACGCCCGAGUUCUCUUUGUCGUGGGAGUCUUGAUUGCCGUAGGAUUGUAUCGCAGGCAACCUAUGGAUGGUCUCGCAGCUUUGGUAGUCACACUCUUGAUUACUGGCGUCAUUUCUGCCCUGUCUACCUCUGGCAGGUCGAUUCUCAACAUUCUUCCGCGCACGUUCUGGGGAUGGCUGUCUGUUGUUCUUACUCUUAGCCACUCUAUCGGAUUCGCAUCCAACUCGUACACAAUCUGGGAAGACUCCAUCCUACUCUUCUUCAUUGCGACAUUUGGCGUGGCUGCUCUGAUAUCCUCGUUCCGAAUUGAAUCAAAAGUGGACCGCACAAUGGCCAUCUACCACACCGUCACAUUCAUCAUCAUUGGGCGAUUGGCGUCGUACUCGAAGCUUUGCCGCGAGGAGCAGAUGCCCUACUGUACUUCGACUUACUACGCUUCCGUCACGUCCUCUACGUCGGCCCCCUGGCAGCUUGCCAUUCCUUUUGCCGUCUUCCUCAUCCUUCCCGAUGUCAUCAAGGCGUUCUUGAUGCCGUCCAAGUCAUAUGAGGGCCUGGCUCCUACGUGGAUCGGAUACGCUUUCCGUGGCGGCCUCUUCCUCUCCGCCUUGUACUGGACUAUUGAUGCCGCUAACAACGGGGGGUGGCUCGCUGAUAGGCUCUCCGAGAGCACGCUCAAGUCGGCUGGUGUCUACUUGGCCCAGGUGAUCCUGGCACUAUCCCUUAUCGCUGGAUCGACAUCGUUUGCCUGGGCGCCGCCAAACAUCUCCAUCUUGUCGACGUCUGCCAAGACGGGACAGCUGGUAACUAUUCUCGGCUACGGCAACGCCAUGGGCGCUCGCUAUCUCUUCCUGCCGCUCAACUUCCUCGCGGCAUGCAUCCUCGUCACCAAGCCCAUGGGAUCAGGUGCUUUGGCCCUCAUGAUGUGGCAGAUUCUCUGCCUGGCCGAGAUUAUCGAUCUCAACCAGCUCAAGGCCGAGUCCAUCGGCCCCGUGAUGCUCGCCAUCCUAGGCAACUUUUACUUCUUCAAGACGGGCCACCAAGCCGUCCUCUCCAGCAUCCAAUGGGACAGCGCCUUCAUCCCGCUCUUCUCCAUCCGCUACCCCUGGUCCCCUCUCGUCGUCGCGCUCAACACUUUCGCGGGCCAGAUCCUCGCCGCCGUGUCGGUGCCGCUCAUCGUCCUGUGGAAGGUCGGGCCGAAGCAGCGCGGCAUCCUCGAGACGACGGCCCGCGCGCUGGGGGUGUUUAUCGCGUAUUUCGCGGUUGAGGCGUUGACGACGAUGAGUUGGGCGGGGUGGUUGAGGAGGCAUUUGAUGCUGUAUAGGGUGUUUUGUCCGAGGUUUAUGCUUGCUGCUUUGUUGUUGGUUGUUAUGGAUUUGGUGGGGGUUUUGGUUGCUUUGACGGGGGUGAGGAGUAAUACCUUGGCGGUGUGCGAGGUAUUUGGAUGGGCGGAGUAA